AGUAAAAUUUACUAUUUAGUAUUUUUUAUGAAUUGAGUUGCAUAGUAAUAGAAAUAAAAAUUUGGAAGAACAUUUUAGAAUUAAAAUUUACCAACGUUAAAACAUAUCUGCGCAGAAUGCGUUCUACUCGCUUCAUGAUAAUUCUACAGCAAAAAUAUCUAUAAUAAAAACGAAGGGUGUUUUUGCUCUAAAACAACCAUGGACUGCAUUCUGCGAUUUUAGGUUUAGAUGAAAAAAAAUAUGAAAAUUGCUGACAGAUGCUGUGAUAGUCCGAAAAAAUAAAUUAACUACCAAAGAACUCCUACGGCUGUCGAAGUGCCUGCAUUAUGCCGUCAGUUGCAGCAAAAUUACAAAAAUAGCGAAGAAGAAAACAAGAAAAAUGGUAACACUAAUUACAAUCGACCCAGAAAAUUAAGGCCUCGGUCGUUGAGAGAGAGGAGCAGACGUGAAUGCAAUCAACUAUUCGACUGGAAAGCAGAAUGUAAAAAGUUUUUACAAAUUAUGUGGAUGUCUAAAGAUAGCACGCCUUUCAGAGAACCAGUGGAUUACACCAAGUAUCCAAAUUACGGAUGGGUAGUGAACACACCUAUAGAUUUUACUUCGAUCUGGGAGGACCUGCGUGGUGACAAUUACAACAGCCCUGUAGAGUUUUGUGAAGAUGUUAGGAGAGUGUUUGAAAACUCUCGGUUAUACACUGAAGUGCAUCCUGAUCAAACAGUAUAUUGUUGUUUUAUUGAACAUAACAAAUUUAUUAAUAUGAUUGACGACGGUUUUAUCAAUUGUGUAAAGGUGGAGAGCAUGAGACAAAAUAUGAUCGACAUGGUUGAACUGAAUAUAACCAAAAUACUCAACGACUGGAAUACAAUGUCAAAAUGUUCCAAAACUUCAUCGUUGGCCAAUCAUUUGAGUUCACAACCGCAGCGGAGGUGUAGGCUAAAAAGGAGGAGGACCUAUGAUAACAGUCCUAGUGAAGACAACAGCGAUGAUGAUUUUAAUAAUCAGUUACCCAAACGACUGCGGCAAACUGAAACCCCAACUCUUCUUCGUCAGUACUCAUCAAGGACUUGCAAGUCCAUAUACCGAUGCAACGACAGCAGUGACAGCGACGAUGUAAUGCCGACCAGACCUUCACGUAGUAGGCGGCUACCCAUGAAAAAAGAAAUAUUUGAAAUACCUCCUAUAACCAGCAAACGGCAAACAACUAGGUUCCACGACGAAAACUAUAAUGACAAACAACUACAACCACAAGCGUCUUCCUCCCGGGGUGCAGUCAAGCCAGCUCAUUCAAGAUUUAUGAACCUGAGAACCAAACAAAAAAGGGAUUAUGCAGAGCGUAGUGAAAAGAGUUCAGGUGACAGUACUAAUGACGAAGAAGAGAAUAUAAGGGUGUCAGUAAGUAGCAGAGGUAGGAUAAGAAAACUAACAGCGGAUGCCAAAGCCAUGUAUAGGAGGUAGUGUUGUUUUCAAUUACGACCCAUCUCUAAAUUAUUGUCACCUUUUUUUUUUAAUAACUAUUAUUUAUUAUUUUACUAUUUACAACAUUAAUUUUAUUUAAAAUUACAAUAAUUGAUCGUUUAAGUUGAAUGCUUAUAUAACUUAGUAUAUUAAUAAUUUUUUUAAAAGUUUUUUGAAAUGAUAAUCAACAUGGAUACUUUUUCAUUAUUAAAUGUUCAAUUAAGAUAUUAUUUUAAAUUCUUAAUAAUUCUAAUUAGUAAUAUUGUACUUCUAUUAUAGAUGAGUACUAUUUUUGUUAAUGUUCUAUACCUAAUUCCUUAAUAAAUAGAGUAUCACAUUCUCUUAAGGUACAUUGGCACAACGUUUGCUUUCAAUUAUUGUUAUAAAAGGCGACCAAUAACAUUGUCCCAUUAAAAGUAUACAGCCACCUAAAAUGCUAUAUCAGCCAUUUUGCAAUUAUUGCACGUUGCUGAUUUACAUAGACCUAUAAAGGUUCUUUGUAAACCAUAUGGAGUAGUCCUGUUAAUUUUUGUCAUGUUCAAAAGUUUCCAUUUCCCAUGAAUUUGAACUUUGAAUCAUGAUUAUAAAUAAUAUUGUGGUUUAAAUUUUGCUCAUCAGCAAAAUUUAGUUUUAGGCAAUAUAUUUAAGAAUUCCAUAUAAUUUCCUACUU